UAUUUUAUUAUUAAAAGUAUUUUAAGUAUAACUUGUCUCUUUUUAUAUUUGCACAAAUAUUUUAAAUAAAACGAAUGAUUAAGCGUUAAAAAAAGUCAAAACGACGUCUAAUUUGGAAUAGAGGAAUUAUACUGUUUAAUAAUUUGGAAAAAACGUGUUUAAUAAUUUGGAAAAAACGUGUAUGUAGACAACGAGAAAGAAGUUGAGAAAAUAUAGAUUAGAACGCACCUUUCACGCGAGUAUUUGCCUUUCCAUGAAUCCACCUAUGCUCAGGUUUUACCUGACAAAGGCAAGGCCCUGGGGGUAUGCACUACGCUGACUGCACGGUCGCAGCAGCCGAGGGGCCACCACGCGGGCGGCGCGAGGUGGCGGAGGCGGAGCUACAAAUAUCCAUCCCUUCCAAUCCAGGCUUCCACUUCCAUCGCAUCGAUCGAGUCGGCUGCUUGCCUGCACUGAAUACUGAUCGAUAUUCCAUCACACUCACUGCCUCUUGUGCCACUCUCUCGCUUGCUCGCCGUUGCUGAGCUCAAUUUCAUAUCCUUUCCUCCAUGGCGAUGUGGAGGGCACCGUCGGCGGCGGGGCAGCUGCUCGGCCGCGCGCUUGCAUCUACGGCUGCGCAGACAUCAGCAGGCAGCAAGAAGGUCGUGGGUGUGUUCUACAAGGGUGGCGAGUAUGCCGACAAGAAUCCCAACUUCGUCGGCUGCGUCGACUCCGCUCUCGGCAUUCGCGGCUGGCUUGAAUCUAAGGGGCAUCGCUACAUUGUCACCGAUGACAAGGAGGGGAUAAACUGCGAGCUGGAGAAGCACAUCGAGGAUGCCCACGUCCUGAUCACCACCCCAUUCCACCCAGCCUACAUCACCGCAGAGAGGAUCAAGAAGGCCAAGAACCUGGAGCUUCUUCUCACGGCCGGGGUCGGGUCAGACCACAUCGAUCUCCCAGCAGCCGCGGCAGCAGGUCUAACCGUGGCGGAGAUCACCGGCAGCAACACCGUCUCCGUGGCUGAAGACCAGCUCAUGCGCAUCCUGCUUCUUCUCAGGAACUUCUUGCCUGGUCACCAUCAGAUCGUUAAUGGCGAAUGGAAUGUCGCGGGCAUUGCCCACAGAACCUAUGAUCUUGAGGGCAAAACUGUGGGCACUGUUGGUGCUGGUCGCAUCGGCAGGCUCCUGCUUCAGCGUCUCAAGCCCUUCAACUGCAACCUGAUGUACCAUGACAGGGUGAAGAUUGACCCGGAGCUUGAGAAGGAGAUUGGGGCCAAGUAUGAGGAGGAUCUCGAUGCCAUGCUUCCAAAGUGUGAUGUCGUUGUGAUCAACAUGCCUCUUACGGAGAAAACAAGAGGUAUGUUUAACAAAGAGAGGAUUGCAAAGAUGAAGAAAGGUGUGACCAUUGUGAACAAUGCUCGUGGAGCAAUCAUGGAUACCCAGGCGGUUGCUGACGCUUGCGCCAGUGGUCACGUUGCAGGAUAUGGUGGUGACGUCUGGUUCCCCCAGCCAGCACCAAAGGAUCACCCAUGGCGAUACAUGCCCAAUCAUGCUAUGACCCCUCACUGCUCUGGGACUACAAUUGAUGGACAGCUGAGAUACGCGGCGGGGGUAAAGGACAUGCUGGACAGGUAUUUCAAAGGGGAGGACUUCCCGGCGCAGAACUACAUCGUCAAGGCAGGCCAGCUCGCCAGCCAGUAUCAGUAAUAACCCCCCCUUGUGUGUUGGGUGGGUGUCCAUAUAUCCUCUGUUUAUUCCUCAAGUGUGGAAUUAUUUCUCAAGGGAGAGAGGGACGGAUAGGAGCCAACAGCCAAGAAACACCCUCUGUUAAUGUUGUAGUAACUUGUAUGAGUGUUGAAAUAAUGAAUGCCUGGAAGGCUGGAAUAAACAGCUCAGUCCUGUGUCGGCAUCUUGCA